GGCUUACCAAUCGGCCAUUUCGUCGGUGCAGGCCAUCAGCCGUAAAGGGCAACGGGGAAAACCAAGUUAUACUGAUUAUCUGAAAGGCACAUCAAGAAGAUCGCACCAUGAGUGAGCAAGCUAUCUCCUUCGCCAAGGACUUCUUGGCCGGUGGAAUCUCCGCCGCCAUUUCCAAAACAGCCGUCGCACCCAUCGAGAGAGUGAAGCUUCUGCUUCAGGUGCAACAUGCCAGCAAGCAGAUCACGGCAGAUAAGCAGUAUAAGGGAAUUGUGGACUGCGUUGUCCGUAUCCCCAAGGAGCAGGGCUUCCUUUCCUUCUGGAGAGGUAACCUUGCCAAUGUCAUCAGGUAUUUCCCCACCCAGGCCCUCAACUUCGCCUUCAAGGAUAAGUACAAGAAGGUCUUCCUUGAUGGCGUUGACAAGCGCACCCAGUUCUGGAGGUACUUCGCCGGUAACUUGGCGUCUGGCGGCGCCGCCGGUGCCACCUCCCUAUGCUUCGUGUACCCCCUCGACUUCGCCCGUACUCGUCUGGCGGCUGACGUAGGAAAGGCUGGAGCAGGGAGAGAGUUCAGUGGUCUCGGAGACUGCCUGGUGAAGAUCUUCAGGUCAGACGGUCUGCGCGGGUUGUACCAGGGCUUCAAUGUGUCCGUGCAGGGCAUCAUCAUCUACAGGGCUGCUUACUUUGGCAUCUACGACACAGCUAAGGGUAUGCUCCCCGACCCUAAGAACACUCACAUUUUGGUGAGCUGGAUGAUCGCCCAGUCUGUGACCGCUGUAGCCGGCCUCACCUCCUACCCAUUCGACACUGUCCGUAGGCGUAUGAUGAUGCAGUCUGGCCGCAAAGGAGCCGACAUCAUGUACAGCGGAACCAUCGACUGCUGGCGCAAGAUCGCCCGUGAUGAGGGCGGCAAGGCUUUCUUCAAGGGUGCGUGGUCCAAUGUGCUCCGUGGCAUGGGAGGCGCCUUCGUGCUGGUGUUGUACGAUGAGCUGAAGAAGGUCAUCUAAAUUGUCAACCAUGUCACAUCACUGUCCAAUUCGGCUAAAUGUAAUAACUUUCCAUUUCUUAUGGACUCUGCGUUCUGCCUUAUUUAUGGGAACAAAACUAUAUUGUCUCUCCACCUAGAAGUGGGCAAUGGCUGUACGUUGUGCAUCUUGAUUUUAAAACGUUCCACACCCCACCCUCCACCAAUGUCAUUCCUUCAAUAAGUAUAAUACCUCCUGUCAUUCACAAGGUUUGUAUGGUCCCGACUUGAAUAAAUCUAUUCUGGGGAACAAGUUAAAAAAACAUGGAUGUCCACUGUCUUUCUCCGCUGUCAUAGCAUGAAAUGAGCACACUGGAUCAUGAAAAAGUGGAUUACACCCAACUGCUAUAUUUACUCGCGCUUAUCUCCUCCUGAGCCUCCCUAGUUAGUGGUCACUGCUAGACUUGUAGACUAGAACCUUGUGACUCUUUGCUCCUCCAGUCUGAAAAGGGGUGAUAAACGGUUAGACUGGAUUUUAUGUUCAUCUUGGUUGCGACUUUAGGUACAGAUCCAGCGGUGCCGUUUUGGUUACAGAAUAGAAACACCAGUAAUUACACCUUAUUUGACAUUUUGAUGGUUUAUUGGAACAUUAAAGUCUAUGUUUCUCAUACAA